AUCGAUAACAGGUGGCCACCUGGUGAAUACCUGGUGUAUGUGUCGAUAACCGAUAGCAGCGUGUAGCGCUUUGAAAGCGCAAUGCCGCCGCUGCUUUUGAAGAAGCUUUUGUUUUUUUCCCGUGUGCCAAGCUGCUGCCAAGCAACGAAAACGAGACGAAACAUUUUGUGACUGACAACGCACCGCAUCCCUUUUGUCCUUGCUGGCUGCUGCUACUGCGUGGGAUGCUCUGCUAGUCCAGUAGCCAAGUGUAAACAAAUCGCACGCGCCUAAAAAUAACUGCUCUGGCAAAAUCUCGAAUUGUGACCACCAAAAAGAAUAUUCAGUUGUUGACUUUCGAGCUCAUCAAAAGCGAGACAAAAACUGUUGCAUACUUUUGCGCGCCAAAGUAAAUUCAACGUGAAUUUGGAUUUGGAUAUUUUUUUGUUUUUUUUUUUGUUCGGUGUUUGUUUCAAUCUCUUUGUGCUUGGCUGUGAUUGUGAUUAAGAUUGAAACUGUGCUGUGACUUAGAAUGUACAUGUUAAUGCAAUAAUAAGACUAAGUUAGUCCAGGCAAUGCGGAGUGCAGGACACUUGUUGAAGCCAGCAUCACGAUGACGACCGCCAACAUUGACUACGACUAUCUGCUCAAGUUCCUGGUGCUCGGCGAUUCGGGCGUGGGCAAAACCUGUCUCCUCUAUCAGUACACCGAUGGCAGAUUUCACACACAGUUCAUCUCAACGGUGGGCAUUGACUUUCGCGAGAAGCGAUUGGUGUACAGCUCCCGUGGACGUCGCCAUCGCAUCCAUCUGCAGAUCUGGGACACAGCCGGGCAGGAACGCUUUCGCUCGCUGACGACCGCCUUCUACAGGGAUGCGAUGGGUUUUCUGUUGAUCUUCGAUCUGACCAGCCAAAAGUCGUUCCUCGAGAUCACCAACUGGCUGGAGCAGUUGCGGAUGCACGCCUACACCGAGGAUCCCGACGUUGUGCUCUGCGGCAACAAGUGCGAUCUCCUCAAGCUUCGCGUCGUCUCCCGGGAGCAGGUCGCAGCGUUGGCGCAACGCUAUCGCCUGCCGUACAUUGAGACAAGCGCCUGCACCGGAGCGAAUAUACAACAGGCUGUGGAGCUGCUCGUCGGUCGUGUCAUGGAGCGCAUCGAGAAUGCUGUCUGCAAUCGGGACUUUUCUCUCUUGAUGGCGCAAUCGCGUCGCCUGCCCAAUAUUGCGUAUGGUCCCGAUUUGGUGCGUCUCCAUCAGCCACAGAAUAACGGCAACAAUAAUAAUGCAACGCGUCGCAAUUGCAACUGCUAAGCUAAGGGAUGAUUAUGAUGAUGAUGAUGAUGAUGAGGAGGAGGCACUUAUUCAGUUACCAGUUUUUAUUACCGUUUCUAUGUGUACGUUGACUGUAAAUAAAUGUUUGUUGCUUGUUAACCCGCUGCA